CAAAUGCCCACCCUGGUCCCCAAACAGCCUGAAGAUGAUUGGAGCCUUCAGCUUUCAGGAGAAAAGAAAGGCACAUAGGGCCGGAUCUGAGGCUGUAUUCUGGCAACUCUGGCCUCAACAUGAGCAGGGAUGUCCACAGGAGGUGGUGACCUGCAUGGCAUUGCUUAGCCUGGCUUUGCCCAGAUGUGAUUGACAUGGUUUUGGCCCUUAUGCCAUGGAGUAGAUAACAGAAUUCUCAGCAGGCCCUUCAGUAGCUCCAAAUUACCUAAUCUUGAAUAAAUGGCCCCUCUAGAUAUUCCCAGUCUGACAGCAGCUGCAAAUAGAGUGUUCAUUACUGGGAUAUCAUAGUGUAUAAAGUGAACUGAACCAGAGGACCUUGACCACCCUUCUUUGUCUGAGGCAAGCUAAGUUUUCUCUGUUUAUGAAUAGGAGGAAAAAGUUUAAAGUUACCAUAGGGUCCUAUCCAUCUAUGAAGUCACCCUGGGCAAAAACUAUAUGUUACUCCUCAGAGCUAAACAACAACCUACUAGCAAGCAUGUGGCAACAGAGAAGGAGGGGGUGAAUUAAAAUGAGUGUCCAGAUCUUUGUUUGGGGACUGGAUGGAAAAUUAGAAGUUGAACUCCAAUCUUCUGCCAGAUGGAGCAGCAGGUCGGAAGACAUUUUCUAGGAUCAGUCUUUUCAUGGCUGAAGUCAAAAUGGCAGGGCAGUAAUAAAAGCCAGGGGUGGUUUAAUUCUGCAAUGAUUAACUAAGGGAGUGAUUCCUGCCUGACAGUGAUGUGCCAUUUUGCUCAUGAUAAGAGGGUGAAUAUAAAGAAGUCAAGCAGGAGGCACAGUCUGUGUAUCAGGUCAGUUCCUUGGCUUCUGGGGACAUGGCCACAGCACUCCCGGUGCCUCUGCGAGGCCGGGGGCUGCUGCUCUUGGUGUGUGUCACGCCGUGGGCUGAGUGUGGGAAGGUACUGGUGGUCCCCACGGAGGGCAGCCACUGGCUCAACAUGAAGGACGUUGUGAGGAAGCUCCAUGCCAAGACACUAGAGGCCAAUUUGUAUAUCACAGGACAGGACUUCUUCACCCUGAAUUCCUAUACUUCUCCCUAUACCCAGGAAGAAUACAGUCACUUCUUGUUGAGCAAGAGUAAAUACAUCUUUGAAACUGAGCAUUGUCUGGAGACAUUUCUAAAAACUAUGGCAAUUGUGAAGAAUGUUACAGAGAUCUCGGAGAGGUCUUGUGUGGAGAUGCUGCAUGACAGUUCCCUGUUCAGCCAACUGAAUUCUAGCUCCUUCCAUGUGGUUUUCAUGGACCCUGUUUAUCCGUGUGGGGCAGUACUGGCUAAGUAUCUGUGUAUUGAGGCUGUCUAUUUCCUGUGGUCCAUACUUUGUAGCCUGGAUUUGGAGGGCUCACGCUGUCCCAAACCUUCUUGCUAUAUUCUUUACUUGUUUGCAGCAUGCUUUGACCACAUGAUUUUCCUACAGAGCGUCAAGAACAUGCUGUAUCCUCUGACCUUGAACUACUUUUGCCACAUAUUUUCUGUGCCCUACAAAAGGGUCACAUCUGAGCUCCUCCAGAGAGAUGUGUCUCUGGUGAAUGUUCUGAGCCGUGGUUCGGUGUGGCUGCUCAGAGGGAACUUUGUGUUCAACUAUCCCAGGCCCAUCAUGCCCAACAUGGUCAUCAGGGGCAUCAACUACAUCAGCAGGAAGCCACUUUUUCAGGUCUGUAUUGGUGCCUUCUUCCAAUCAGUCUUCUAGCAGAAAGUAUUUUAAAACUACAUUCAAGUGCUUACUUUCCUACUCAUCUUUCCCAAGAUUUCUACCUUCAUUUUGGCAUGAACUUCAUCUUGUUUCCUUUUCCCUUUUAAAGAAGCAUUUCCUUUUCCCUUCUGAUUCUGGAAAUAGAUGACAUGUACAUGUUCAGUUCUGUUUCCUAUGUCUCUGUGUCACUUAGGAGUGUCCUUGUGGUGACACCGACUCUACCUGCAAGCACUGGGUCGGUUUUCCCAUCUCAAGACCCUUAGUUGUAUCUGCAGAGCCUCUGUGCCAUGUGAUAUAACUCAUGCACACGUUCCAGUGAGUGGGAUGUGCACACCUGUGUGGGGCCAUUUCACCUGCCCCAGGAAAUAAGCCUGAAUCAAACCCAGAUCUUAUUCAAGGCCUGCAGUUUU